AUGACCAACAAAGCUGAUCAAUCUUCGGACACUGGGGGUUCAAAGAAGGACUUCACUACGGCAAUCCUUGACCGCAAGAAGGCUGUGCAUCGCCUUGUUGUGGAUGAAGAUAUCCAUGGCGACAACUCUGUCGUCAAGCUCCACCCAGAGUCUAUGGAGAGGCUCCAGCUAUUUCGUGGGGACACAAUCUUGAUCAAGGGAAAGAAAAGGAAGGACACAGUCUGCAUUAUAGUUGCUGAUGACAAAUGUGAGGAACCAAAGAUAAGGAUAAACAAGGUUGUCAGGAGCAACCUACGGGUUAGGCUUGGAGAUGUCGUUUCUGUUUACCAAUGCGCUGAUGUCAAGUAUGGAAAACGUGUUCACGUACUUCCUGUGGAUGACAGUAUCCAAGGGGUCACUGGAAAUCUGUUUGAUACAUAUUUGAGACCUUAUUUUUUCGAGGCCUACCGACCCGUGAGGAUGGGUGAUCUCUUCCUUGUGAGAGGAGGGAUGAGGAGUGUGGAGUUCAAGGUUGUCGAAACUGACCCUCCUGAGUACUGCGUGGUGGCUCCCGACACCGAAAUCUUCUGUGACGGGGAGCCUGUGAGAAGGGAGGAUGAGGAGAGGUCAUUAGAUGAGGUUGGAUAUGAUGAUGUUGGUGGAGUAAGGAAACAGAUGGCUCAGAUUCGGGAGUCGGUGGAGCUCCCGCUGAGGCAUCCUCAGCUGUUUAAGAUAAUUGGUGUAAAACCACCAAAGGGUAUUCUGUUGUAUGGACCUCCUGGAACUGGUAAGACUCUAAUUGCCCGUGCUGUGGCUAAUGAGACUGGGGCAUUCUUUUUCUGCAUCAAUGGACCAGAAAUCAUGUCCAAACUGGCUGGGGAGAGCGAAAGCAACCUCAGGAAAGCUUUUGAGGAAGCAGAGAAGAAUGCACCAUCAAUCAUCUUUAUUGAUGAGAUCGAUUCAAUUGCUCCCAAGAGAGACAAGACAAAUGGAGAAGUUGAGAGGAGGAUUGUUUCCCAACUCUUGACACUCAUGGAUGGACUAAAAUCCCGUGCGCAUGUAAUUGUUAUCGGGGCUACAAAUCGUCCAAAUAGCAUUGAUCCAGCUCUCAGAAGGUUUGGAAGAUUUGAUAGGGAAAUAGAUAUUGGUGUGCCAGAUGAAGUUGGGCGUCUUGAGGUUCUGCGUAUUCAUACCAAGAACAUGAAGCUUGCUGAAGAAGUUAAUUUAGAAAAGAUAGCUGAGGACACACAUGGUUAUGUUGGUGCUGAUCUAGCUGCUUUGUGUACAGAGGCUGCACUCCAAUGCAUCAGAGAGAAGAUGGAUGUGAUUGACUUAGAAGAUGAGGAAAUAGAUGCCGAGAUACUUAAUUCAAUGGCAGUUACAAACGAGCACUUGCAGACGGCUCUUGGCACGAGCAACCCAUCCGCUCUUCGUGAAACAGUUGUUGAGGUGCCGAAUGUUAGUUGGAAAGAUAUCGGAGGUCUUGAGAAUGUAAAGAGGGAACUUCAAGAGACGGUUCAAUAUCCAGUGGAGCAUCCUGAGAAAUUUGAGAAAUUUGGAAUGUCACCCUCAAAGGGAGUUCUUUUCUAUGGCCCUCCUGGAUGUGGUAAAACUCUUCUUGCCAAAGCUAUUGCCAAUGAGUGUCAAGCAAACUUCAUCAGUGUCAAGGGACCUGAAUUGCUUACAAUGUGGUUUGGAGAGAGUGAGGCCAAUGUACGUGAAAUUUUCGACAAGGCCCGUGGAUCUGCUCCAUGUGUCCUGUUCUUUGAUGAACUUGAUUCCAUUGCUACGCAGAGAGGUAGCAGCGUAGGCGAUGCUGGGGGUGCUGCUGAUAGGGUACUGAACCAACUCCUUACAGAAAUGGAUGGAAUGUCUGCAAAGAAAACUGUUUUCGUCAUUGGGGCCACCAACAGGCCUGACAUUAUAGACCCUGCACUUCUACGUCCAGGCCGUCUGGAUCAGUUGAUUUACAUCCCUCUCCCUGACGAAGAAUCUCGCCAUCAAAUAUUUAGGUCUUGCUUGAGGAAAUCUCCUGUUUCCAAAGAUGUGGGCAUCAGAGCCCUUGCCAAGUACACCCUAGGAUUUAGUGGUGCUGAUAUAACAGAAAUAUGCCAGCGUGCGUGCAAAUAUGCCAUUAGAGAAAACAUUGAGAAGGAUAUUGUGAGGGAUAGGAGGAAAAAUGAGAACCCUGAGGCUAUGGAGGAGGAUGUUGAUGAUGAAGUGGCAGAGAUCAUGGCAGCUCAUUUCGAGGAAUCGAUGAAGUAUGCUCGUAGGAGUGUUAGUGAUGCUGAUAUCCGUAAAUACCAGACAUUUUCUCAGACAUUGCAGCAGUCAAGAGGGUUGGGAACAGAAUUCAGGUUUGCAGACAGAGCUGCUGGAUAUGACCCUUCUGCAACUGCUUCUGCUGGGGCUGAUGAAGAUGACUUAUACAGUUAG